AUGAAGUCCUGGGCUCUCCUGCUUAUCGUGUCCAUCCCUGAGGUUGUGAUCCUUCUGCCUGUGCUGCGAAGCUUCAGAAUCCAGUGUCCCCCAGUAGAUCAAAUAAGAGAAACUGAGCAGUGCUGGGUACAGCCUCCAUUUAAGUAUUGUAGAAAGAGGUGCACUAGAGUCCACACCUGUGUACGCUGGAAUCACACGUGCUGCUGGACCUACUGUGGAAACAUCUGCUUGGAUAAUGGAGAGCCCUUCACAUCAAUACUAGACUAUGGGCCUCCUCCAGAUCAAUACUAG